AGUUCGCUCGAGCUCCUGCAAUCAGAACAAUGACUCCACGGCGGACGCUGAGGAGUCAGUAGAAUGCGCUGUAUCGCACACAGUUUUUCUGUUGUGAUACUGUUUUUGCAUGUUUCUUCAAUGCGCAAAUCAUAAUUAUGUGGAUACCUACAGAACACGAAAAAUACGGCGUCGUGCUGGCAAGCUUUCGGGGGACUGUUCAACAUGGCUUACCACUGGAGAUUGGUGACACGGUGCAGAUAUUGGAGAAAUGUGAAGGGUGGUACAGAGGGUUCAUUCUCAAGAAUCCUAAUGCUAAGGGUAUUUUCCCUUCAAGUUACAUUCACUUGAAAAACGCUCACAUCCGGAACAAAGGACAGUUUGAGACCGUCAUUCCCACCGAAGACUCUGUCAUCACGGAGAUGACAUCGACCUUGAGAGACUGGGGAACCAUGUGGAAGCAGCUUUAUGUGAAGAGCGAGGGAGACCUGUUCCAUCGGCUCUGGCACGUGAUGAACGAGAUCCUGGACCUGCGGCGGCAGGUGCUUGUGGGUCACCUGACCCACGACCGCAUGAAGGACGUCAAGCAGCACAUCACCGCCCGCCUGGACUGGGGAAACGAACAGCUGGGUUUGGACCUGGUCCCCAGGAAGGAGUUCAGCAUGGUGGACCCGGAUGACAUCAGCGUCACUGAGCUCUACAAGCUGAUGGAGCACAGGCACCGGCAGAAGGAGACGCCGGUGCCCGCCAGCACGCAUCACCUGUUCCUCCAGGUGAAGAGUCUGAUGAGCUCCAACCUGGGGGAGGAACUGGAGGCCUUUUUCUCCAUCUACGACGGCAAGGAAAACGCACUCAGUGAAAGGUUCUUUGUGAGGCUGAACAAGCAGGGAGUGCCCAAGUCCCCGGAGAAGUCGGAGAGACAGUGCACCCUCUUUGUGGAUUUGGGCAGCGGCGAUCUAAGAAAGGAUGUGUAUAUUGUAGUUCACAUUAUACGAAUUGGGCGCAUGGGGGCGGGGGAGAAGAAGAGCGUCUGCAGCGUUCAGUACCGCCGCCCGUUCGGCUGCGCCGUGGUCAGCAUCGCCGACCUCCUGACCUCCGACUGCAAGGACGACCACAUCCUCAAGGUUUACACAUGCAAUACAGAAAAUGAAUGGUAUCAGAUACACGAGAACAUCAUCCGGAAAGUGAACUCCAGAUACAACCUCUCCGGCUCCAACACCGGCCUCGCUGUCUCGCUCCAGCUGCUACACGGAGACAUUGAGCAGAUCAGGAGGGAGUACAUGGUCCUGUUCACGCGGGGCGUGUCCAUCACUAAGAAAAUGGGCUUCUCUGAUAUCAUCAUGCCAGGUGAGAUGAGGAAUGAUUUAUACAUCACUCUGGAGAAAGGAGAGUUUGAGAAAGGGGGCAAGAGCGUGGCCAGAAAUGUGGAGAUUACUGUGUAUUUGCUGGAUAUCGAUGGACAGAUUCUCAAGAGCUUGGUCUCCUUGGGUUCUGGAGAGCCGGGGGGCGACGAGUUCCACUCCUUUGUGCUGUAUCACAACAACAGCCCGCGCUGGGCGGAGCAGAUCAAGCUGCCCAUCCCUGUGGACAUGUUCCGAGGGUCACACGUGCGCUUCGAGUUCAGGCACUGCUCCACGAAAGAUAAGGGAGAGAAGAAGCUGUUUGGCUUCUCCUUCAUCCCUCUGAUGCAGGAGGAUGGACGGACACUUCCGGACGGCACCCAUGAACUCAUAGUGCAUAAGUGCGAGGAGAAUGCUAAUCUGCAAGACUCCGCCCGCUACCUCAAGCUGCCGUUCUCUAAAGCCAAUCUCCCGGGAAACAACCAGGCCGUGAAAAGCACCAAGGAGUCCUUUUGGAUCACCUCGUUCCUCUGCUCCACUAAACUCACUCAAAACGGCGAUAUGCUGGACCUGCUGAAGUGGAGGGCCCAUCCGGAGCGGAUAAACGACAGCCUGACCAAGCUCAAGGAGAUCGACGGCUCGGAAAUAGUCAAGUUUUUACAGGACACACUGGACACGCUCUUCGGAAUCUUAGACGAAAAUUCUCAGAGAUACGGGUUGAAGGUUUUUGAUUGCUUAGUUCACAUUAUAAAUUUGCUGCAGGACAGCAAAUUCCAGCAUUUUAAACCGGUUAUGGACACCUACAUCGAGAGCCAUUUUGCCGGAGCUCUGUCAUACAGGGAUCUGAUCAAGGUGCUGAAGUGGUACGUGGACCGCAUCGUAGACGCCGAACACCAGGAGCACAUCCAGCAGGUCCUAAAGGCUACGGAGUACAUCUUUAAAUACAUUAUUCAGUCGCGCCGCUUGUUCUCCUUGGCAACGGGUGGGCAGAAUGAGGAGGAGUUCCGCUGCUGCAUCCACGAGCUCUUCAUGUCCAUCCGAUUCUUCCUCUCCCAGGAGAACAAAGGGACCAGUCCUGUUGCCCAGACUCAGGCGGUGUUCCUGAGGACGUUCCCGGCGGUGUACCAGGAGCUCCUGAAGAUCUUCAGCGUGCGGGAGGUGGCGAGCUUCGUGCGGGAGACGCUGGGCAGCCUGCCCGUCCUCGCGCAGGCGGAGUGCCCCCUGGAGGCCGUCAAGCUGCAGUGCAUCGCCAAGACCGUGGAGAGCCAGCUGUACACCAACCCCGAGUCCAGGUGCAUUCUGCUACCUGUGGUCCUGCACCAGCUGCAGGUGCACAUGCAGGACAGCACAGAGUUCUCGCUCCCGGAGGAGGUGCCCAUGAUCGUGGAGAGCCUGCUGAGCGUGAUCCUGAGGACCAUCCUGGAGAUCACCAACCGGCCGCAGCCGGCGGGAACCGCCCUCCGCCUGCAGUUCCAGGACGUCACGGGGGAGUUUGUGGCAUGUCUCCUGGCCCUGCUGAGACAGAUGACGGAUAAGCACUAUCUGCAGCUUCUGGAGAGCUUCACCAAUAAGGACGAUUUGAGGGACUUCCUCCUCCAGAUCUUCACCGUCUUUCGGAUUCUCAUUCGGCCGGAGAUGUUCCCCAAAGACUGGACCGUGAUGCGACUGGUCACCAACAAUGUGAUCAUCACCACAGUGCUGUAUCUGUCGGAUGCGCUGAGGAAGAACUUCCUGAACGAUAAGUUUGAUUACAAGGUGUGGGACUCCUACUUUUACCUCUCCGUCAUCUUCAUAAACCAGCCCUGCCUUCAGCUGGAAAUGUUCCCCCCGUCCAAGAGGAAGAAGAUUCUGGAAAAAUAUGGAGACAUGCGAGUAAUGAUGGGCUGUGAGAUCUUCAGCAUGUGGCAGAACCUGGGCGAGCACAAGCUGCACUUCAUCCCGGCCAUGAUAGGCCCGUUCCUGGAGGUGACCCUGGUCCCGCAGCCAGACCUCCGAAACGUCAUGAUCCCCAUCUUCCACGACAUGAUGGACUGGGAGCAGCGCAGGAGCGGCAACUUCAAACAGGUGGAGGCGAAGCUGAUAGACAAACUGGACAGCCUGAUGUCCGAUGGCAAGGGGGACGAAACGUACAGAGAGCUUUUCAACAGCAUAAUUCCCCUUUUCGGGCCCUACCCUAGCCUGCUGAAGAAGAUCGAGAGGGAGACGUGGAGAGAGAGCGGCAUCUCGCUGAUCGCCACCGUCACUCGCCUGAUGGAGAGACUGCUGGACUACAGGGACUGUAUGAAGCUGGGAGAGGUGGACGGAAAGAAGAUUGGCUGCACUGUCAGUCUGCUGAACUUCUACAAGACGGAGCUGAACAAAGAGGAGAUGUACAUCCGCUACAUCCACAAGCUGUACGACCUGCACCUGAAGGCACAGAACUACACAGAGGCCUCUUACACGCUGCUGCUGUACGACGAGCUGCUGGAGUGGUCCGACCGGCCGCUCAGAGAGUUCCUCAGCUACCCCAUGCAGAGCGAGUGGCAGAGGAAGGAGUACCUGCACCAGUCGAUCAUCCAGAACUUCGACAGGGGCAAGUGCUGGGAGAAUGGCAUUAUUCUGUGCCGGGAGUUGGCUGACCAGCACGAGGCCUACUACGACUACAGGAACCUCAGCAAAAUGCGGAUGAUGGAGGCUUCGCUAUACGACAAAAUCAUGGACCAGCAGCGGCUGGAGCCCGAGUUCUUCAGAGUCGGCUUUUACGGGAAAAAGUUCCCCUUCUUUUUAAGGAAUAAGGAGUUUGUGUGCCGGGGGCACGACUACGAGCGUCUGGAGGCCUUCCAGCAGCGCAUGCUGAACGAGUUCCCCCAGGCCAUCGCCAUGCAGCACGUCAACCAACCCGACGACACCAUCUUCCAGGCCGACGCCCAGUACCUCCAAAUCUACGCGGUCACCCCAAUCCCGGAGAGUCAGAGCGUCCUGCAGAGGGACGGGGUCCCCGACAACAUCAAGAGCUUCUACAAGGUCAACCACAUCUGGAGGUUCCGCUACGAUCGGCCCUUCCACAAGGGCACCAAGGACAAGGAGAACGAGUUCAAGAGCCUCUGGGUGGAGCGAACCACACUAACUCUGGUUCAGAGCCUGCCUGGCAUCUCCCGCUGGUUUGAGGUGGAGAAGCGUGAAUUGAUCGAGAUGAGUCCCUUGGAGAACGCCAUAGAAGUGAUGGAAAAUAAGAACCUGCAGCUGCGGUCGCUGAUCUCUCAGUGUCAAACCCGCCAAAUGAACAACAUCAACCCCCUCACCAUGUGCCUGAACGGAGUCAUCGACGCCGCCGUCAACGGGGGGCUGACGCGCUACCAAGAGGCCUUUUUUGUGAAGGACUACAUAGUGAACCACCCGGAGGACGGAGAGAAAAUCGGACGCCUAAGAGAGCUGAUGUUUGAACAGGCGCACAUCUUAGAGUACGGGUUGACGGUGCACGAGAAAUUCGUGCCGCAGGACAUGAGGCCUCUGCACAAAAAGCUGGUGGAUCAGUUUCACUUGAUGAAGUCCAGUCUCGGAAUACAGGAGUUUCCGGCCUACGUGCGCGCCAGCCCCAUCCACUUUACCAACGGCAGCCCGCGCACCUGCCGGAACUCUGUACCCAACAUCAUCAGCCCAGAGGGGGCCCGUGUGGUGGCCAGGCGCAGCCCCCUCAGCUACCCGGCCGUCAACCGCUACUCCUCAUCCUCGCUGUCCUCCCAGGCCUCUAACGAAGUGAGCAACAUCACGGGCCAAUCGGAGAGCUCGGACGAAGUCUUCAACAUGCAGCCAAGCCCAUCUACCUCAAGCCUGAGCUCCAAUCAUUCGGCUUCUCCCAAUGUGACAAGCUCCGCCCCCUCCAGUGCCAGAGGGUCACCCCUCCUGUCUGACAAACACAAGCAUUCCAGAGAGAACUCCUGCCUUUCUCCACGGGACAGGCCCUGCAGUGCCAUCUACCCGAAUGCGCAGGACCCCACGCAGAGGUCACUGCCACAUCAGAUAGGGGACACCUCAUUGCCACGGAGUGACCCCAACCUCUCUACGCCUGACAAAGUAGUGAACCCCAACCCGAGUAGCUGGAGUCUAGACAGUGCUAAGGAAGCUAACACACAAAUAUCAGACACUGUUGGAAAGUUGGUAUCGCCCCCUGUCCCUCCUAGGCCACCGUACCCAGGAUCGCCGGCCAGGAACUUGAGGUCCCUGUCCCCCGUGCAGACAACCAGGUCUCCCCAAAAGGGCUCAGCUCCACCGUUCACACCCUCCCCCACAGAGUGCCAGUCGUCUGGGCUUGUGUCCAACUCGCCAGCCCUGUCGGGCAGCUACAGCAGCGGCAUCUCCUCCCUGAGCCGCUGCAGCGUCUCGGAAACCUCUGGAAUCGAGGCACCACCUGGCGACCACGCACUCACCACCUCCAUCUCCAGCGGCUCGGACGAGCUCAUUCGCCGGGAGAACAAAACCCCGCCCCCUUACAGCGUGUACGAACGGAACAACCCUCGCCGGCCCGUACCUCUGCCUCACAGCCUGUCUAUCCCACCCAGUAUCGACCCCCCCGCCCUGCCCCCCAAACCCCACCAGCAACGCCCCGGCCGGAUGGAACCUGUAUCCCGGCCCCGCCCACUGCCCAGGAAGGUCUCACAGCUGUAGCGCUGCUUCCUGGGUUAGACUCCGCCCAGGAAGGUCACGCAGCUGUAGCGCUGGUUCCUGGGUUAGACUGUGUACAGGAAGGUCACGCAGCUGUAGCGCUGCUUCCUGGGUUAGACUCCACCCAGGAAGGUCACGCAGCUGUAGCGUUGCUUCCUGGGGUAGAGUCCACACAGGAAGGUCUUGCAGCUGUAGCACUGCUUCUCGGGUUAGACUCCACCCAGGAAGGUCACACAGCUGUACUGCUGCUUCCUGGGUUAGACUCCACCCCAGAAGGUCUGGCAGCUGUAACGCUGCUUACUGGGUUAGACUCCGCCCAGGAAGGGCUGACUGCUGUACCGCUGCUUCCUGGGUUAGACUCUGCCCAGGAUGGUCUCGCAGCUGUUGAUAGAUAGACCUGAUUUUAUUAUUUGCACAACUACACUUUUACUGGGUUUGUUAAACCCCCAUGGCUUCAGUGGGAGACAGUGAGAGAAUAAAGCCGAAACAGAACUUUAAAGCGAGCGUUCUAUUAACAGCACCAUUCAGUACUUCGCGUCUGGCAGGUCCACAUUUUAAAUUAUCACAUUUACAGGAAAAAAGUUCUGAAAACUAACACAUUCUUAUGUAUUUUUGAUAGAUGCAAAAAAAAAAAAAAAAUGCAAGUAAAUGUAUAUAUUGGAUAAAAAAGAUAAUACAGGGUUUUUUGCCUUAAAUAUUAAAGAAAAGUAGAAUCUCUGUGAAGGUUUAUUGUGAGUUAUGCUGCUCACUGGUUUUACUCUCUACCUUUCUAGAUGGCUCAUAAAGGUGCUAGAUAUUUCCUGUACAACAUUCAGUGUAGCCCAGUAUCUAACAGUCAGUCCCGACCAAUGGUUUGGUGUCCCGUAUAUUAAAUCUGUGGGUUUCCAAGUUUUGUGCCAAAGGACCAUAUAUGCUUUUACUGUAACUAGGACUUUAGAUCCCAACUGAGUGACUGGAAACGUGCUACUGAAGUUUGGCCGGACUGUGACAGUGCCCAGUGGUGUUCUUUUCCAUUUUAUGUACAGUACUGAACAUUAUACUGUAGAGAUGAGCUGUAUAACAUUUUUGUGUACAGUAUGUUAAAGCAGUAUUUGGAUUCUUGCUUGCAUGAGGUCUGUAUAAAGCAAUAUUAGCACUGUACCAUGAGGAAAUAGGGUUAUGCAGACAAAGCACAAACAAAUAUCAGAGAUAUCCUGGCAGGAUUGCUACUGUAAAUCACUUUUAAUCCACUGAUGAAGCAGUCACUUCCUCAUCGCCGUGGGCAUUUGCUCAUUUGAUAUAUUGUGAGAUACACUGUACAGUACAUUUUAGAUGCUGUCAUGCUAGACUGCCAGCGAGCCCAUACAGAAAAGGGCUUCCAUUCCUAAAACACAACUUAAUACAUUGUCUUUGAAAAGCUUUUUGUCGACAUUUUAUGUAAAGCAAUGUUUAGCUACUUGUUUAUACUGGCAAACUUUUUUUAAAGGGGUUUUUCCUAUUUGUCCCGCUCAAAAGAACUUGCUGACAGAACGUACUGCAUUCCUUACCCGUUUUACAGUAUAUAGAUAAUAGCUGUGGGCCCAGUGCGCCCACAAUUUGAAAGUGUUUAAUCGUGAGCAAACAUCGGCUGGGAUUCAGUCAACAUUCGUCCAUAAGUUUGACUAACAAAAACCAGAUUUUUUUUUUCUUCCCACAAACAUAGUUCGGAGAGUUUAGUAAUCACUGAAACUAACUUGCCAAGCUGACUUUCUGAAGGGAAGAGUGUAACGGCUGAGUUUACUUGUAAGCCAAAGUUAAGGAUAGAUUUUGAUUGAAUGCAGGCCAAUGUUUUGCAAUAUUUCAGUGGAAAAUAUUGAUUGCUUUAAAUCAGUGACCAGUUUUUUCAAUAUUAACCACAGUAUUCUUUGUAUGUUUCACUUUUUUGUAUGUUUUUUUGUUUUGUUGUGAAUUUGGGAUACAAUAUUUACAUUAAUCAGUACUUGUGAAAGUGUAAAUUACUUAAUGAGAUUGUUGUAAGUACGCCAAAUAUCUUGUCUAUUAAAAUUAUUGUACAUAAAGUACUGUGUUUUUAACAAAAUGUAGCCAUAUUGAAUUUACCGCUUUGAAUGUUGCAAGGACAAAUUUGAAUUAUAAAUGUUAAAUAUGUAUAUGUUUUAGUGAGUGUUUAAGAAUGAAAGCAAUGCGUCACUGCACCUAACGCAUUUACAUGCUUGAAUAACGCCAUUUAAUAAAAACAUUUUCAACAAGAA